AUGGGUCUAGACAUAAGAUACCUCAUUGGAGGUAAAUUCAAGACAGAACAAGAAUACUCCAUCUUGAGCUCCAACGAUCCUGAAGUCUUAGACUCUUCUAAGCCCUCGAGAGAAGCCUCUACAAAAACAAACAAUUUGCGAUUUGGUGGCUCCGCUCGGUUCAAAGUCGUAUGUGCUGCUGCCAUCAUCAGCACGGGAAUUGCUCUGGCGAUGCUAUUUUUCACAUUCCUGGGGUGGAAUAUGUGCUCUUCGAGGCCGCAAAACUCCCUUCUUAAGACACCAGUGCCAUCUUUCCCCAAAGAGAUUCGAUAUUUUGAAUGGAAUCAAACCUUUGUCGACCCGCCAAAUCCAGAGAACGAUAUAGCAUGGAAUAAGCUCUUGCCUGACGGACGAGGAUAUAUCUACGUCGAGAACGGCGCCAAAUACGGCCUGGAACCAGGUGUCCAAAAGGAGACUGGAGAGAUAUAUGGUGUCUCAAUGUUUCAUCAAAUUCAUUGCCUCGCUGUCAUUCGUCGAGAUUAUUAUAAGUUGGUAAUGGGUCUUCAGACAGAUGACCAUUCAGUAAUAAAAGAGGCAGCAGAGCGACAGCUUGCCUCCGAGCAUACAGGUCAUUGUUUUGAUUAUCUGAGGCAAGCGUUCGAAUGCUCUGGCGACAUGUCUCUCGAAUGGCCAAGAACAGAGAAGGAUGGAAGCCGAUUCCAGACGGAUGGGGCAGGUAUUCCUCACGUUUGUGUGAGCAAGAGCGCAAUAAUGGACUACAUGGAAGUUCAUGGUUAUCGUGAAGCCCACAACCAUGAUAUUGCAGCCUGA